UGUCAUACAGAUCGUGCUCUUCUUGGUGAUCCCACAUACGUGGAGGCAAUGAAUAUGGCAUACCGCGAAUCGUUGGUGUUCAAAUUCGCGGAUCGUGUCGUUGUGCGCUUCCAAUGUGAAAUUCGUCUUUGUCUUAAGGAGGGUGGUGGUUGCGACGGCAUUACGCCACCAAACUGUGGAGAGAAUAAGAAUGCGCGACUUCAUCCACAAUCGAACGACGGUAUAUCGAUGGAUUCGAACAGCACGGACAUAAGCAAUGCAACUGAGGUGAGCAGAGCGGUUUAUUCCAAACGUGCUGAGAAGUAUCGCACUGAGAAGUCAUAUUUGGUAAUAGCACCUACUAUGAAGCGACGUUUUGCUCGUUCAUCGAACACUUCAAAAUCGAAGACGAUUCUCGACACUGAUCUCAUUUCACAGUCUGUUUAUGUUCUCGAUUCCGAAGAAGAGCCAACAGGUAAAUUGGAAGAUCCAUUAACGCUGCUGAGACGAUCAUCAUUCGGCAGCGAAGUGUGCGUUUGUGAAGUUUUUCUUUUCGACUCAAAACUGAAUCAAGAACUGCAAAAUGUCAUCUUUGUUUUCCAUUCGAAUGCCAGCAAAAAGGAAUCGCAACUAAAUAAAGACGCUUUCGACGAUUCCUUGUCGAGAUGGUGUCAUCAGAAUGAGCUUUAUUUAGGCUUUCGAGAGGCCACGCUGAUGCCAGACUUCAAAAGAAGACGUACCCGUGCACAGCAAACAUAUUUGCAUCCAAAUACUGAUGAUGGUCCAAAGAAUUUGGUGUAA